GUUUAACACUGUGAUAUUUGAUACAUUUAUUUUCAAUUGUUUCAGGGGAAUGGAAGUUGUCCAUAUGUUCAAAAUGCUCAGGAUAGAACUGUUUACCAUCCUCUCCUCCAGGAGCUGAGACUGUAUAGCAGGUCGGCUUCAGGGAAAAAGGAACAGGAACUUGUCAAUCAAUCUGAGUCAGAUUCCGACUCGGAUUCUGAUUAUGAAACUGAGCACAAAGAAAGGGGAGCCAGUGAGUUUUGGAGGAGAAAGAUGAGGACAUUCCAUGGAAUUUUAGACCUCAACAAAGACGGGGUGAUAUCGUUCGAUGAUCUACAGAUUCUAGUUGACCGAUUUGUAGACCUCGGUCAUCUUUCUCCCCACCAUCAACAGGAGUUAAACAAUAUUAUCAAGCGUAUGUGGGAAGAGCGAUGGGGAAGUAUUGACCCUUAUAACAUGGUCACCACGGAGCAAUACCUUGAUGAUAUGCAUCAUGUUAUAAAUGACAAACAGCUUAGAAAGAAGGUCCACACCUUCCUCCCUUACUUGUUCAAAGCUCUUGACAAAGACAGAAGUGGACUGAUUUCCGUACAAGAGUACAAGUUGUUCUUUCAGUGUCUUGGAUUGUCCAAUGAAGCGGCUGUGGUCUCAUUCAGUGUGAUUGACGAGAAUAACGAUGGCCAGAUAAGCUUGAAGGAGUUUGUAAAACUUGGCCGACAAUUCUUCCUUUCCGAAGACCACAAGAGCCCUAGCAAGAUGUUCUGGGGCCCUCUCACUCACUGACAGAUGUGAAUUCACAUUUACCAUAUUUUUAUAUACUCUUGUUUUAUUCAAGUCACAUUAAUAAAGUUGUUUAAUUUGAUAA